GGAUGCUUUUGUUGGUCUUUGUACGGCAUUGUAUGGAAUAAUCAAACAAUUCAAAGUGAUUAUAUUCCUACAGUACUCGAAGGUGUUAAUGCGUAUGCCAGUCACUACGUAAACAUGGUCAGGUCGCUAUUAGCCAGAAUGUCACCUGCACGUCGCUAUCGAUUUAUAUAGGUGCCAGUUUCAUUGUAAAAAGCAGAGUCUAUCAAUAUACGAUCGUCUACAUUUAAAUACAAUCAAUUCAGAUCGAUGUAAUUUUAGUUUGGAUUGAAGGAUGCGCGUCCUUUGCUCGUUACUUCUUGUAGCAUUAUUUUUUAUUCAAGAACGUACACAAUGUGUCCGUGGUGAAGAUAGCAUAAGCGAUACAAAUAAUGCGGAGGUACCGUUGCAACUGACAGUAACAUCGUGGAAUGACAUGCCUUUCUCAGGAAUUGUGCAGGAAAAUGGAAAAUGGAUUGGUAAAGGGUAUGCGUUUUACAUUUUUGAUUUACUCAGUUUAAAACUGAACUUUACCUAUACCAUUGUUCCACCAAAAAAACAUAUUUUGGGAAAUAAAGAUAACGGCGUUCUUAGUUUACUCUACAACAAGACAGUAGACGUAGCUGUUGCAUUUCUUCCUGUAUUACCAGAAAUGGGUCAAUAUUGCACGUUUAGCACUCCAUUGGAUGAAAUGAAACUAACUGCUGUGAUGAAGAGGCCUCAGGACUCAGCUACAGGUUCUGGUCUUCUGGCACCCUUUGAAAGAACUGUCUGGCUAUUGGUUUUAGCUUCACUAAUUUUUGUGGGACCGAUUAUUUAUCUUUUCGCCAAUAUAAGAGCGAAAUUGUGGCACGAUCCCACUUCUGAAAACUUCAGUUUGUCCUCCUGUUUUUGGUUCGUUUAUAGCUCUCUGUUGAAGCAAGGAACAAAUAUUGUUGCUACAACUGAUUCUACACGAAUGCUUUUCGCUACAUGGUGGAUUUUUAUAUUGAUUUUAACGUCCUUCUACACGGCGAAUCUCACCGCGUUUCUCACAAAGCCUCAAUUUACGCUGUCUAUUAGUUCUCUGCAAGAUAUUGUUAAGAAAGGGUAUAGCUGGGUUACCUAUGAAGGACGCACGAUUGACUUUCUUCUUUCUCAAAACCAUCAAACCGAAUUGAGUAUAUUGAACGCAACUAAAACGCCUCAAAAUUUUGAAUACCACGAGUCCUCGAAAGAUAUUUUACAAUUAGUCAGCACGAAAAGACUCUUCCUGGCAGAAACGCAUUACUUGCAAACUUUAAUAUUCGAGAACUACGUGAAAAAGACUCGUCAACGCUUGGACCAUAACUUACGUUGUACGUAUGUUAUAAUGCCUGGUAGCAUUUUAACAACCAGCCGUGCCUUUGGCUUUCCACUUAAUUCAACUCUUGGAAAAAAUAUCAAUCUAAUGCUGUUAAAAUUACUAGAAACCGGUAUUAUAAAUCAGAAGAAGAAAGAGGAUCUACCAUUAGCUGAAAUCUGCCCAGUUGAUCUUCGAUCGAGCGAGAGACAGUUGCGAAACACCGAUCUUCUUUUGACAUACAAAGUUGUCGUGGCUGGAUAUACAAUCGCUGCGAUUAUCUUUUUAUUCGAAUUGAUAUACGCGUUUAUAUCGUAUCGGAUGAAAAAUAGUAAAAGAAGAGUCUGCUUGUCCUGUUGCGCACCAAAAGCAAAGGCGCAAAGCUUUUCAAACAAUAACUUCUCAGCGCAGAAUUUUGUGACUUUAAAAAGAAGUCCACCAGCGAUUUAUCAGUAUCCUGACAAUGUUUUGAUGCAACGAAAACAACAACUUAUCAACGGAAGAAGUUAUUACGUGGUCACCAAUCCGUACGGUGACCGAAAAUUAAUUCCGAUCGGAACUCCUUCCGCAUUUUUAUUUCAAUACGCAGCCUAAUUGUACUGAAGAUAUGUAAGAUACAUAUGGAUAUAUCUUUUCUACUUAAUAUACAGACAUUUGUAUGUUAAAUUAAUUUGAAAAUUGAAAUUGAUACUCGAUACAGGAAUUUCCUAUUUCUAUUUUUGUGAAAUUGUUAUGAUAUUGAGGAUUAUUACGAUAUCAUAUUAAAUUAUUAUGACAUAGUUUAUAUUUAUAAUACGAAUUUUAAAAUUCCCUGACGUUCAGGAAUUGUAUCAGGAUUUUUAACACUGUGUAUAAAUGUUGUGGAGUGUUGCAAAAAAGAAGGAAAAUAUAAUGUUUGUGAA